AAGAUAAAAAAAACGCAUCAUCUACAAAUGAAUUAAAAAUGCUAUUAAAAAAUCAGUAAAAGCUUAGUUUCUAUCACAGUAAAAUGAACUCAAAAAAAAUACUAGUCUUCGCGAUAACUAUGUUAUUUAUUACCACCGCAUUUUGCGAGGAGAUUGUCCCUAAAAAAUCUUGUUUUUGGAUAUACUACAGAAGAAGAACUACCACCAACUAUCCCACACCUUCAACCCCCGCAAGUGUAUCUACUGAUAGUGGUGAUGAUAGAACACCAAAGAUGGCAGCAACUUCUUCUAUUUCUACCACCACCAGCAGCAGCAGCAGUACCACCCCUGUCGUAACAACAACUUCCGAAGACACCAGAGAAGAAACUACCCCAAAUGUUUCUCCCGACACUACCACCGAAUACAAUGAUGACGAUAACUAAAUAAAUAUAUUAAUUGUUUGCGAUCACCCUGUUUAUGUAUAAUUACUGAUAACAGUUGUAAUUUUUACAAAUCUACCUACCUAAAUAUGUUGUUUUUUAUUUUUUUUUAUCGUCGGUGGCAACAAAAGUAUUUAAAACAAAAAUUUCCGUUCGAUUAAUAAGAGGAAGUAAAUUUUACUUCCCGGAUGUAGGUAAGCCUGGUAGAACAAACAUGUCCUAACAAUUCCUGGUUAAGUAUUGAUUUUAGGUUUCUCUUCCAGGGAUCACAAGAUCGAAUAAAUGAAGAUAUAAUAAUGGAAAAUACUGUGAAAAAGUUAGAAGAACAAGUUAAAGAGACCGACGAAACGUUGGGCAGCAUAGCGACAAAAGUUGGCAACGUUCAAAAAGAGAUCUGCCGAGAAGGGACAAAGAUCGAAGUGAACAAGCUUCUGCAGUCGGUACACGACGUGAAAAACGACUACCAAAAUCUGCGGAAAGAGAUCUCGGAGGUCCAGGACUUACAGAAACAGUUAAGUACGUCCCUGCAAGUACAGCGUCGGCUUAUGCAAACAAAGUUUUCGUUGCUUAAACAGAGAUUGCUAAUGAAUGUGCCUCAGAAACAUUUGAGUGUGCCUCCUCAUGUCACCCCUCAUCGUAACGCUAGCGAUAACAGUAAUUCGGCUUUGUCCCCGAAAAUGAUACACCAUGGGGACUGACCAUAAGCUUAUCCCUUAAGGCGACCACAAUACUUGUCUAUUACUAAGUCAUGCGUCGCCUGUUUUUAUGUAGUUUUUGUUUUUCCGAUAUUCGCUAUUGUUAUUAUCAUUGUUACUUUGAUCGCUAACACGAACGGAAUCACGUAUCCCAUUUACCAUCGCAAAACGGACAGGUGAGAGACGUUUUUUGGCACCGCAGGUCAACAAAAACAUCAUUCCUACUCUGUGUCGCACCAUCGCGCUUUUAUUAUUGUGUGUAAGGACAUGUUAUAAUUACGAAAUAUUACGGAAAAGACUGAUGACAAACUACCACAAAGACUGGAUCUAAUGUGUCUGCGCACGCAAAAUUAAUUUAAAAUGGGAUACUUGGUUCGAAACUGAAAAGUUGAAGACCCACACUGUCUUUUGCUCAUGUAGAUUAAUAGAUGUGUCUAUCUAAAUAAAUUAGAAAUCGAUUGAAAAUCCCAAUUCGUAGAUACUGACUCCUGAUUUUGGUUUUAGGUUAUUGCAAAAAAAGCACACAUACUUAUGAUUAGGGGCUGUUUUAUAAGUCCUACUUCUUUUACUCACUGUUGUUAAUUCAUAGACGUAAAAGUAGGAGAUAUUUCCACACACACCUAAUAAUACUGUAUUUUUUAAUAAUCAUUAUUUUAUAAGCAAUGUACACGUGGAAAACCCUUUGUAUAGAAUUUAUUGUAAUA